GCCCACGCCUCCAUAUGCAAUUAAUAACGUCGGUCCGUCGAGGUGUCUACGUGGGAAGGAGUAAUGACACGACUCCUCCAUCACUGGUCGAAUGGAUUGCCCGACCACCGGCGGAUGAAUGUGCUCGACGUGGUCGGUUGUUUCAGUGGAAAUUGGAUCCCACAAUUACAGGUCUUCUUCGAGUUUGGGAGGCGAUAUAAGCAUCUCAUUCGCGCAGAGAGGACCUGCCGCCACAACCUUGAAUGGAUUCGCCGAAGCCUUACCAGCGUCGUCCGUUCCAGGGAUGUGUACAUCCGUGUCUGCGUGCUCCGCAAUACGGUGGAGCAAAUCUACAUCCUGUGCGCUCAGGACGACGCGUUCACGGAAGCUGGGCAGCGCAGCGUCGAUGGUGGGAAGUACUCGUCGUGGUAACUUAAUUGCCAUUUUGGCUCUUCGUCUUUCAAGGGAAGUGAACGAGACCUGCGGCACUUGGGUCCUGCAGUGAAUCAUCCACCCUCGUCUGCUUGAACUUUUCUUCAUGGUGAAAAUUAUGGUGUAUUCUUAAUUCACAUAGGCUUAAUUAUCACUUGCUGAACUCAAUAUUUGAUUGAA